AGGGUCGGGGUUCCCCACUCAGCGUAAACGGAAAUGACGUUAUGCAGGUCUAAACAUAACAACAGACGUUAAAAUGUGUUAAACAGUAAGAAAUAUAGAAUGUUUGGCAGAAGAAAAGCUUAAAUGUUUCUAUAUGCUUCCGUACUACAUUCAUUAUACUUGCAUAAGUUUAAUGCUGUAUAGAUGUGCUUACUUUGUUACUGGAAAAUAACCUGGAUGAUGUCAUGAAUUAUUUCACUGCUUUGAGGUUCAUACUGAUCAUCUUCUUUGGGUGUGCAAUGAUCUGUGCUCAAGAUGACAGUAAAUUGUCUAAGCCAGAGUUCGAAGCAGGCACAUUUGUGGAGGGCUUCAGACAGCACGUCACUUGUUACGUGACGACAUUUUGGGGGAAACGCGUCGUUAACGAUGAGCUUAGUGAAACACAAUCCACCUUCUACGGAACUGUUGACUCUUUCGGACUCUGGAACUUCAGAAAAGAUGCCAGGUGUCUGGGAGUCUUAUAUAUCGUACUCGUUCAUGCCAAAUCGUACAAUGAACACACCAAAACCUUUUUCGGAGUUCGUAUGCACGGCCACGUAUCUGAACGAGACAACUACCAUGCCGAACUGGCUUAAAGUUGAAGUUCCACCGACAGGAUUUAACAUGACCGUCUCACCUGUUGCGGUAGCCGGUGUGAAAACGUUUGCCAUGUGCGAGAUAGUGGAGGGUUACGGAAUAAUCACUCUGACAUGGUUUCUGGACUCGGUGGAGAUGAACUCGACAACAAACACGACGGUCAAUGCAGACCUAACGGAGCACAAGGUGAACACCCUAGAGUGGACUCCAACCGAAUACGACCACGGCAAGAACCUGACAUGCCAGCUGUUUUACAGUCCCUCGUACAGGAGACGGAUCUCGAGUAUGUUGUCAGUAGAAUUUCGUCCCAUUGUGACCACGCCUUCUCUGAAGUAUUCUGUUAACGAAAGCACCACUGUUUGUCUGAGGUGUAACGUGAAGUCUUAUCCAGCUAGCACCAUAACCUGGACUAAAGACAACAAGCCCCUCAGCGUGGAGUCUGGGAGGUACCAUUUGGGAAGAGCAUCUGAGCCAACAUUGACCAUAUCAAAUGUAAUGGUGACAGACAGAGGAAAAUAUAUCUGCUCUGCUACAAACAUCCGAGGAACAACGAAGAGCAAAGAGAUUGUGUUAGAUGUAAAAUUUAAGCCAAGAGUGACAAUUCCACCUGUUCUGGUAGCAGGUAGGAAAAUGUCCGCAACAUGUGAGGUACUACAUGGGUAUGGCUCAUUCAGUUUGACGUGGUAUUUUGAAUCAGUUCGGAUGAAUUCAUCUACAACCACAUCAGUCAACGCAGACUUAACCAAGCAUGUGGUGAACACUCUAGAGUUGAAACUCGCUCGAGAAGACAAUAAAAAAAUUGUAACGUGUAAGCUCAUUCACACCGAUAAAUACAAGAGAAUGAUCUCUCGGACAUUGAUAGUAGAAUAUUCUCCCAUUGUGACUGCACCCUCUUUAAACUAUACUGUAGAGGAAGGCAGCUCCGUCAGUCUGGAGUGUAAUGUCAGGUCCGAACCACCUAGUACCAUAGUAGAACCCUGCCGAGGUGCCGUAAACAAUCAUUCCUUUCCUUUAUUUACUAAAUUGCUAUUACAGAUUCUCCCAUUAAUUGCUAUUACAGAUUCUCCCAUUGUGACUGCACCCUCUUUAAACUAUACUGUAGAGGAAGGCAGCUCCGUCAGUCUGGAGUGUAAUGUCAGGUCUGAACCACCUAGUACCACAGUAUGGACUAAAGACGAUGUCCCCAUCGACAGGGACACCACUAAAAUGGUAUCUGGACCAACAAGCAGGACCAUAUCAAAUGUAACCGAGAUGGACAAAGGAAAAUACAUCUGCUCUGCUACAAACGACCAUGGAACAACGAAGAGCGAGGAUAUUAUCUUAGAUGUGAAGUAUUUCCCUAAACCUGACAGUAUCGUACAUGAAUUGGUCUUCUUGGUUGGAGACACAGUCAGCCUGACGUGCUCCGUAAAGGCUAAUCCCGCUGUGACAAAGUUUGUGUGGAAGCACGGUGGCAAGACUUUACCAGAAACUGGAGGAAUCCUGCCUAUCGACACAUCAAAGCCCAAACAAGCCUUUGGCAAUUACACAUGUGAAGCUACGAACCCAGUUGGCACAUCAAAACCUAUAGUGUUCACAGUAUCAGAAAUGACUGAAGGUUCCCUGAAAAUCAUCCACAGCAUACAGGAUUUUAAGUUAAUGACUGCAGUCUUGGUACUUGUUGGAUGUUUUGCGUUCAUUGGAAUUGGGGCCGUCACCUGGAAAAUCAGACAAAAGCAUAAAAGGAGACAGGAGAUAAGCAAACAAACAGAAGAAAAUGAGCCUGCUUUACCCCAAGGAGAAAAUGAAAGAAAUGCACCUGAAUUAGCGGAUAAUGCUAAUUCAGAAAGUGCAAAUGAAUCGCAUCCUGGUAUUGAAUUAAAGGAGAUAUCCUUUACAGUGUGAUACAAACAGCUUACAAAAGAGCAUGUCAAGAAAAACGAAAAGCCAGGAGAAAGUGGAAUGUUUUUUUUUUAUUAAUGUAUGUUUAAAUAUGAAUGAAAGACAACACACCACACAGGCUACAUACAUCAUCACCAAAAAGAAAAUCACAGCAACUGUAAUUUACCUGUUUACCAACUGGCAUCAAAGUCAAAGUUUCCAAGUUAUACAAUAUCCUUAUUUUUGUCGAAUGAAUACAAUUCACUGUAAAAUAUUUGCAUAUACUGUGAUAUUUAUUAUUGUUAUUAUAAAUCACUGUCUUCGUCAUUAUAUUUGUUUGGGGGGAAGGGGAUGUUGUCCUAUUGCAAUGUAUUAUGAUAUUGUCGUAUUGCAAUGUAUUAUUAUUCAUGUACUAGAUGUAUGCAUCGCUGUAUAGUAAAACAUUUACAAAUAAAAGUGCCAAAUGAACAUGUAUUUUCAUGUGAUUGGAAACUAAUUGCAUGGUCUUGAUUUGUUCAAUAAAAUGUUUUAAAACUGU